AUGAGUUCUGUUUUGAAUCAUGUCCAGCUGUUAUGUUGGUACUUUGCGUCUGUCUAUACCGUGUCUGGCUUGAACUAUGAUGGGUCGACUCUGUUGUCACUCUUAAGGCAGUGGAAUUAUGUGCCUCCUUCCAUAACUUCAAGCUGGAAUGCAUCAGACUCAACUCCAUGUUCUUGGCUAGGUAUAGGAUGUGAUAGUACAACUCAUAGUGUAGUUUCUUUGAACCUCUCUGGUUAUGCAAUUUCUGGUCAAUUGGGACCAGAGAUUGGACUGUUAAAACAUUUGAAAACCAUCUAUUUGAAUACCAGUAAUUUCUCUGGUGACAUACCCUCACAGUUAGGCAAUUGUAGUCUACUUGAGCACUUGGAUUUGUCCAAAAAUAGCUUUACUGGAAAAAUACCUGAUGGCUUUAAGUACCUUCAAAAUUUGCAGUAUUUGAGUCUUUCCUAUAAUUCUCUCUCUGGUGAGAUACCUGAGAGUCUAACCAGGCUUGAAAGCCUUGCUGAGUUGUUUCUCGAUCAUAACAUUCUUGAGGGUAGAAUUCCUACAGGUUUCAGCGAUUGCAAGAAUUUGGACACCUUAGAUUUGUCCUUCAAUAGCUUUAGUGGGGGUUUCCCUUCAGACCUUGGCAAUUUUAGCAGCUUAGCAAUCUUGGCCAUUGUUAAUAGUCACUUAAGAGGUGCCAUCCCAUCUUCCUUCGGCCAACUAAAAAAGCUUUCUUACCUUGACCUCUCCCAGAAUCAAUUGUCUGGGAGGAUUCCUCCUGAACUUGGGGAUUGCGAGUCGUUGACGACCUUAAACUUGUACACAAAUCAACUUGAAGGAGAGAUUCCGGGUGAAUUGGGGAGGCUAAGCAAAUUAGAGAACCUGGAAUUGUUUGACAAUCGCUUGAGUGGUGAAAUUCCUAUCAGCAUUUGGAAGAUUGCAAGUCUUAAGAGCAUCUAUGUGUACAACAACAGUCUUUCUGGUGAAUUACCGCUGGAGAUGACUGAGCUCAGGCAACUACAGAAUAUCUCACUGGCACAAAAUCAAUUCUAUGGGGUCAUUCCCCAAACUUUGGGAAUCAACAGCAGCUUAUUGUGGCUCGAUUUCGUUGGCAACAAGUUCACUGGGGAAAUUCCGCCAAAUCUUUGCUACGGGCAGCAAUUGAGAAUUCUUGUUAUGGGUUCCAACCAACUUCAAGGCAGCAUUCCUUCUGAUGUGGGAGCCUGCCCAACACUCUGGAGAUUGAACCUCGAGGAUAACAACCUCUCAGGUACCCUUCCACAGUUCGCAGAAAAUCCUAUCCUCCUGUACAUGGACAUCAGCAAAAAUAACAUUACAGGCCCAAUUCCACCCAGCAUCGGGAAUUGUAGUGGUCUCACUUUUAUUCGUCUUUCCAUGAACAAGCUUACAGGGUCCAUACCCUCAGAGCUAGGUAAUCUUAUAAACCUUCUGGUAGUGGAUCUUUCAUCCAACCAACUGGAAGGUUCUUUGCCAUCUCAGCUGUCUAGGUGUUACAAAUUAGGCGAGUUUGAUGUGGGGUUUAAUUCACUGAAUGGUACAAUUCCGUCAAGUUUGAGGAACUGGACGAGAUUAUCCACUUUGGUUUUAAGUGAGAAUCAUUUUACCGGGGGCAUUCCACCUUUCCUGCCAGAACUUCGAAUGCUUACAGAGCUACAACUUGGUGGGAAUAUUCUAGGAGGUGUGAUUCCUUCAUCCAUUGGAUCGGUGCGGAGUCUGAAGUAUGCCUUGAAUCUCAGCAGCAAUGGAUUCGUCGGAAAACUUCCUCCCGAGCUAGGGAACUUGAAAAUGCUUGAAAGACUCGAUAUAUCAAACAAUAAUCUGACAGGAACUCUAGCAAUUCUUGAUUAUAUCCUUUCAUGGGACAAGGUCAAUGUUUCAAACAAUCAUUUCACAGGUGCAGUACCGGAAACACUGAUGGACUUGCUUAACUAUUCUCCGUCAUCAUUCUUGGGCAAUCCUGGCCUAUGUGUCAUGUGUUCUCCAUCAAGCCGCAUAACAUGCCCCAAGAACAGAAAUUUCUUGCCUUGUGACAGACAAACAAGCAAUGAAAAUGGACCAUCUAAAGUGGCAAUCGUAAUGAUAGCCCUUGCUCCUGUUGCUGCUGUUUCUGUGCUUCUUGUAGUCGUUUACUUGUUUAUCAGGCGCAGAAGAUAUAGGCAGGAUUUUGAGAUCACUUCUCAAGAGGGUCCAUCUUCACCACUCAACAAGGUGCUGGAAGUUACUGAGAAUCUAAAUGACAGAUAUAUCAUUGGGAGGGGAGCUCAUGGAACAGUUUAUAAGGCUUCAUUGGGAGGAGACAAAAUCUUUGCAGUAAAAAAAAUUGUAUUUGCAGGCCACAAAGAAAGGAACAAAAGCAUGGUUAGAGAAAUUCAGACCAUUGGGAAAAUCAGGCACCGGAAUCUGCUCAAAUUGGAGGAGUUUUGGUUUCAAAAGGACUACGGUCUAAUCCUGUAUAAUUACAUGCAAAAUGGGAGCCUCUAUGAUGUCUUACAUGGAACCAGAGCACCACCAAUCCUGGAGUGGGAAAUGCGGUAUAAGAUAGCUAUUGGAAUUGCACAUGGAUUGGAAUAUAUCCAUUAUGAUUGUGAUCCUCCUAUAGUGCAUAGAGACAUCAAACCAGAAAACAUUCUUUUAGACUCUGAUAUGGAGCCUCAUAUCUCUGAUUUUGGCAUAGCUAAGCUAAUGGAUCAGUCUUCUGCUUCAGCACAGUCCCUCUCUGUUGCGGGGACUAUUGGAUAUAUAGCUCCAGAAAACGCAUUUACGACAAUAAAGACGAAGGAAUCUGAUGUUUAUAGUUAUGGGGUUGUUUUGCUUGAGCUUAUAACUAGAAAGAAGGCACUGGAUCCCUCAUUUACGGAGGGAACAGCUAUUGUAGGGUGGGUCAGGUCUGCUUGGAACAGCACGGAAGACAUCAACAGGAUUGCUGAUUCAAGUCUUGGAGACGAAGUUUUGAGUUCUUACAGCAUCAAGGAUCAAGUCACUAACGUGCUUUUGAUGGCUUUGAGAUGUUCUGAAGAAGAGCCUAGCAAAAGACCCUCAAUGAGAAAUGUUGUCAGGCAAUUAAUAAAAGCAAAGGAUCGCAGAAGAAGGAGGUGAAACUAGAAUUCUGUU